AGCCACAGGAGUUCCCCACUGACGAUUCUGCGCCAGGCGCAGGAAUCAUCACAUCGAUUAUGAGCUUCUUUCCACCGGUUCUGGAAUUUCUUCGACUACAGUUCAUCCUGUCCGACAUACCGCUGUGUGCAGCGGGGAUGAAGAUAUUUUAUGCAUUGCUGUGCGUUCUUCAUACCGCCAAAGCCCCGAUGAUCCUCGUCAGUUACCUAGCCUAUGAUCCCGCUCAUUAUGCCCUGCCGAUUCUCUCCGCCGUGGAUUAUGGGGGCGUCGCGGCGGGUUACCUGUGCCUGGCCCAACAGACUGUCCACGACUCUCAAUCCGAACGACGCCUCGUUCGUGCGGUUUACGGCAUGUUUGGGUUCUCCGGUCUCUUGGCAACUGUUGCAGCGAUAGGGGUGUUAUGUCGUGCCGGGACUUUGUCUCACGAGGUACAAAUGCUUCUGACAAUUGCCUUGUCUACCCGCCAUGGGUGGCGAGCCCCUCGCUACUCGGGGGUGGUUGCCGCAAGGGAAUUCCUGGAAUUCCUGUCUCUGUCCAUUGGGAGAGCAAACCGUACGCAGCAUUCCGACGAUUACCAUACGAUUGUCUCCGACCUACAGUAG